AUGGAUCGCCUCUGUGUCCCUUUCAUCCUCGCGAAGGCCUCGAGGAUUGACCCGUCUCUGUUCUCUAUUGCGCACGGUCUGGACGACUUCACGAUUCCCGUUGUCGCUCGCCACUGGGCUAACUCCACAGUACCCAAGAAAGACAUUAUGUACACAUCCGCGCUCCUUGACGAGCUCUGCUCCGGGCCGCAGCAUCCCGUCAUCAAAACGCAUGUAGAGCGCCAUCCUCACUCGACAUCCGAAGCCUUCCUACACCGCUUUCUUCUAGGCGUCAGCCCGGCUCCCAAUGCGUCAGGGCAAGAGAAGUGCAACGCACUCGUUGACAUACUCAAAAGACAACUCCCUCUCAUAGACGAUGUAGACGCACAAAUCAAGCAGUUGAGACUUCUCGCGGAUCUCGUGAAGAUCGACAAGCAGACCGGAUUGAGGAAGGCGCUCCUACGUCGCUCAGAGUUUUGGAUAGCAACGUUUGACGCUCUCUCCGGUGCCGCGCGUAAGAACGCACGGCCCCUUGGGCUUCUCCUUAGGACAAUUCUAUAUCUGUCUUCCCUUGUCGUGCUUUCUACGCUACAGGAGCCGGUAUCAGAUAGCGCGGAGCGCGAUGCCAUCGUCGAAGCCUUCGUGGAAGGUGGCUUCUUUAGUGCGCUGGAUGCGUGCGUGUCACCUCGUCCAAAUGCGCGCGGUCUCGUUUCUAUCGCCGACAAUGAGGGUAUGGAAGAGCCUUUCGCAAUCAUAUGGCAUGCGUUCAACCGGUCCGCCGAGCAGAAUCCUCGCAUCCGAGUGAGACUCGUAUCCGAGUUACCUCGUGCGCGUACGUUGGCGGCCCUCAUGCACCGUUUCUUCACCUGGAACAGCAGGGACGAACAGCAAGCCAGGUACAGCGACUCGCCUGCAAGGGUCUCCUACGUUCCGGGCGAUAUAGUUUGUGCAAUCGGCGUGGCUGCACCCAACCAGCUUCCUAUCCUUGCACUGAGUGUCGCCUUGUGGCGCACUGCUCGAGUGCGUGCCAACAGACUGACUGGCCUGAACACAGACUACUGUGCCAGAAGAACUGGAUGA